CCAUACAUAAGGUGAACAUAAAUGAGUAGAUUAAAAAUAAACGAGAAUAAGAUUUUGAAAUGAAAAUCUGGGAGUGAUGACGUGUGCGUAGGGGUCCUUCAGACUUCCGGGUGUCGGUAUAUUGGUGGCAUAGGGAUUUGCUCGUUCAAAAAAUGUCCAAAGUAACGUUUAAAAUCACGCUGACGUCGGACCCCCGGCUGCCAUACAAAGUGUUAAGUGUUCCAGAAAGUACGCCGUUCACGGCAGUUUUGAAGUUUGCAGCUGAGGAGUUCAAAGUGCCAGCAGCGACGAGUGCAGUUAUAACAAAUGAUGGAAUAGGGAUCAACCCUGCUCAAACUGCAGGGAACGUGUUUCUGAAGCACGGCUCUGAGCUGCGCCUCAUUCCCAGAGACAGAGUGGGAGGACAAGGAGACUGACUUAUGCUUUUUUUUUUCUUCUUCUUCUUCUCGUUGACGUUCAAAUGACUCACACAGCAGAAGCGUAGAACACUCGAGGUCCAGGAAACACCUCGGGUGUCAUAUUUAUUAUUUGGCCCACAGCUGACAGUGACUCACAAAAGAAUAUGUAUCAUUAGGCAUAAUGACGGCCCACAUGCAUCCUCAUUGUAAGUCCAGCCCAGUAGAUUAGAGUAACAUUGGAAGAGAUGCUGACUGAUAACUACCAGCAUGUGACUCUGUGGAUUCACUCGGAGUACAGAGUCGGAUCUGUGGAAAUGUUCAUUAAUUUUCAUAAACAUCACAGUGUAAUAAUAUAUUUUUCUUUUUUGUAAAAAUGAAAUAUUAAUUGAUUUAAAAAAAAUAAACUUUGUGAUUAUGCUUUAAUGAA